AUGGCAACCAGAGCCUUGGAGGAGCUGGACGGAGGCCUGGGCAGCUGCCAAAUGGAUGAGGACCUCUCUGCACUGGCUGACCCUUGUCCUGGCCGGCCCCAGGAGGACAGUGCGCAAGCUACAUCCAGGUUGGCUGACUCCAGCAGCCAGUCCCACGAUUCUCAGGAGCGAGUGACUGAGGGCAGCCCCACAGGCAGUGUGGACACCAAGCCCAAGAAGACAGAAAAGGAGCCUGUGUCCAAAGUGACCUCAGGAACCGGGAAGGAGAGGCUGAAAGCAGGAGCAACCCCCCGGAGCCCCGCACGGAAGAAGGCGCAGACCGCACCGCCCCAGCAGCCGCCGCCGCCGCCGCCGCCCCCGGCCCUGAGCGAGCAGCUGCCCUGGGGAGACUUGACGCUCAACAAGUGCCUGGUGCUGGCCUCGCUAGUGGCGCUGCUGGGCUCCGCCUUCCAGCUGUGCCGCGAGACUGUGGCUGGGGAUGCAGAAGCCCCUGCACCUGUCCCUGAGUUGUGGGUCUCAUCAAGCUCGUCACCCAAGGGGCCAGCGUCACCCCUGCCAAAGCCUGAGGCCUGGGCCCCCCUAGUGAGGCAGCCUGAGCCCCCCUCGAAGGUAGAGGAAAGGGUCCAGAUUCCUAGGAGCGGAGAGGCUGCAGAGAAGGACGAAUGGGAGUCUGGAGAAGCCGCUGAUGAGGAGCAUGCGCCCCUCGCAGGCCGAGGGCCCAAGGAGAGGGUGAAGAAGGAGAGGCCCUGGAAGGAGAGGCCCUGGAAGGAGAGGCCACGAAAAGAGAAGCCACGUGGUGCCAGGGAGCCCCGCAGAGCCCUACCGCGACGCUGGGAGGCCCGUGAAGGGGGCCAUCGACCUUGGGGGCAAGACUCUGGAGCCCCCGAGGAUAGGAAGAGGCAGGCCUGGGUCUCCCCGCGGCGCCCCGACAAGGAGGACCGGCCUCCGGGCCGCCAGAAGCGCCGUGCCGGCAAAGGCCGGGACUGA